CUCUCACAGGUAGGACCCACUUUAUCUCUAACGGUCAAAAAAUCAAUUAUCAAAAUCCCUACCAAACAAGUACUUAAAAUUUAGUUUCUAAAACUGGAAUCUGUAAAGAACUUCCUUGCUCGAAAGUGGAAGGAAUCAACUUAUCGAUUGUGGAAAUGCAAAGACAAUUUUGAAUCUAGAAUAGAUUCUUCAGUUUAGAAUACUGUAUAUAAACAUCGGAAGUUAUCAUUAAAAUCAUGAUUCUGCAACUAUUAAUGGAUUGUCCAAAACCAGUCUGUUCCUCCGAAGCGCAUUUUAUAAGUGAUGACCCAAAGUUCAAUUUUCAUUGGCUAUCAAUUGAAUUGUUUGCUGGCUGUCUAAAUUGAGCAUGCUCCACAUUUAGUGUUUAGGUUUGAGUAUGUAAAGAUUGAGACUUGGAGAAAUACACGGAGGGAGAUAGCAAUAACAGUUCAUGGUUUAAGUGUGUCUGUUAGAUUAAGGGAGAGAGUGUGAAUUUAGUGAUAGAUGACAACUAUGAGCUCAGAUUAUGCCUGCAUCAGAUGUUUGAUGAAAUUGGCUAGAACUUGAACUACAAAGUCUUAAUACUUAUCUUAUUUACAUCUGCUAUAACAACUGAGAUUGUUUUAAUCUAAAUUCAAUUUUUUCUUUAUGGAGUCUAUGCAGACAUAAGCUGUUGGAUUUUCCGGCACUGAAGUAGUGUGAGCUUUUAGGAUAAAUAUAAAAUAUUUUGGUUUCUUAAUGUAGAAGAAAUUUUUGCUAGGAAUUAUUUACUAUUUUCCUUCUUUCAGCCACAAAGCUGAAUGGACUUGAUAAACUGAAAAUUCAGCUGUAUCUCAGGGCAUAUAUGCAGAAGAGAGUGAUUUUUCUCCUCUAUUAUCCAUAUUUGUGUCAUGGAAGAUGGACCUCUGACAUUGGAUGACGGAACAACUGACGUUCAACAUUUGCUUGUAGAACCCCAAGAUGAGCACGUUUCAAUGGAUAAUGUCUUAUGUUUUAACGAAAAGAUCCCAGAGAAUGCCAUGAAAAUGGAAGAGGUUUCCCGUAGUUUUGUUGGACCAAAUUAUGGUGUUGCUCAGGAAGGGGGAGUUGUUCUGAAGCAAGAAGUACUUGAUGUAAUGCCAGGUGAAGUUGAAGCUGGAUAUUUUCAAUUGCCAAAUGAUUUCUGUAGCAUGGGUGAAGAUUACUUUUCAGGUAUUGAAUUUGCUCAAAGUAUUACCAAUUUGGAUUAUGGUUUGAGUGAAGGCUUGCACAUGUCAUUGUCAGAAAGUCCAAUACGGGGGUCAAGUUCUGAUGCUAAUACACCUUGGAAAUCAGAUUUAGCUAUAACCGAUGUGACAGAAUGCCAGGAUGACCGGGAUAACUUUCGCAAUUCUGAAUUAAGUGAUACUUGUAUCCGCCAAGAGUGUGAAACAUCAAUUGAGGAGAAGCCAUUGAAAUUUCCUACGCCAUCUACUAUACAAAAUAUUAGUGAGUUGCAAAACAUACCGAGCGAUUCUCCUCGAGGUAUAUCAUCUGAUGAGGAUGGUGGAAGCCUUUUCCCUUCUGAUUUUACAUCUGGGGAGUUGUUCUGCAGUUCAAAGAUUCAGGAAAACAAGGAAUUUGGGCUGAUGGGUCAAAAUGCUGAGAGUAACGGUUCUGAUGGCCAGGAUGAAUUGGCAAAGAUCUCAAACCUGGCCAACACCGAUUCCCUUACUAAGCAAAAGAGAUCUCGUAAGCCUACACGGAGGUACAUUGAUGAAUUAGCAGAGCCUAUCUCUAGACAUUCUAAGAAAAAACAAGAAGUUUCUAUUUCAAUCCCUAUUGCUAAGUCUCUGGUAGUUAAAAAUCGCGAGAAGUGUUACAUCGAAUCGAAAACGAGAAUUUCCCCUGAGGAGUCUUCUGUCAUUGCUAUUCAAGUGCCAUUUGGUUCUUUAGUGCAUAAAGAAUGUCAAAAGAGUCGUCCAUCAGAUAUGGUACUUAGUUCUGAUAAUGAGAAUUCAGUGGACAAGUUGGAAGAUAUCUGCGUUGCUGCAGUGAGUCAAAAGAAAAGGUGUGGCUAUGUAAAUGCAGCUUGUGAAAAGAAACGUGAUGGCCGUGAUGGCUUUGUCAUAGCAGUGAAUCAAAAGAAAGGAGAUGACUCGGUCACUGCAGUGAGUCAGAAGAAAAGGGAUGAUCAUGUUACAGCAGUGAGUCAAAAGAAACGGGAUGACUGUGUCACAGCAUUGAGUCAUAGGAAAAGGGAAGAUCAUGUAACGCCAGUGUGUCAAAAGAAACGGGAUGACCGUGUCACAGCAGUGAGUUCGAGGAAAAGGGACGGCCAUGUUUCAGCAGUGAAUCAAAAGAAAAGGGAUGGCCGUGACACAGCAGUGAGUGAAAAGAAGAGGGAUGACUGUGACUCAGCAACGAGUCAAAAGAAAAGGGACGAGCGUGUUACAGCAGUCAGACGACCUGAAGUUAGCAGUCGGAGGAAGCAUCAUAUAUUGUGGACUAUUUCGGAGGUUAAGAAAUUGAUUGAUGGGGUUUCCCAAUAUGGGGUUGGAAGAUGGAGUCGUAUAAAGAAGCUUUUGUUCUCAACUUCCCCCCAUCGUACUUCUGUUGAUCUUAAGGACAAAUGGCGAAAUCUUUUGAAAGCAAGUGGCAUUCACGAACAAGGAACUAGACAGGGGGAGAAGAAACGGAAUAUGGCUUGGCGCCCUUUGCCAAAACCUAUACUACGCCGUGUUUGUGAAUUGGCCACCAUUUAUCCAUAUCCAAAUGGUCGUAAACCCAAGAUUAUUCACCGUGUUCCCCCUGACAGAAGUACAGAUAUAACAUUGAGCGACUAUAAAAGAAUUCUCAGAAGCAUAAAUGGCAACUGAUACUUUUGCUAGAACGACGUGCGAUCUUUAGCACAUAUUUGUGGUGUUCCAUAUUUGCAUCUAUCCUUUGUAAAAACAGUGCACAGGAGUGUGGGUUUUUAAAAUUUUUUGUACUGAUUGUCACUUGACAUAUGAGUGUGCAUUUAAUCUUUCAAUUUUUUUCUGUUCUUUUAA